UCCUUCUCCGCAAGUUGCCAGCACCUUGGAGAAGGGGCCAAUAAUAAUUUCAAAAGGCAAACCUUUAUAAAUUCCUAAACCCCAAAAAAAUAAUCAUCAAAAAUCCAAAUUUUGGCUCUAAAACCCUAAAUUGCAUGCAAUUAUUGAAGAAGGCAAUUUAGAUCUUCAAUGGGAUUUAUCAGAAGCACGUUUUCGUUCGUUAUGGGUACGGGUUUGGGUGUUUACUUGGCCCAAAAUUACAAUGUUCCAAAUAUUCAGAAGCUCUUCAAUACUGGCCUUGUUAUCGCUAAGCAUUUUGAAGAGAAUUAUCGGAAACCCAAUAAGAGGAAUGACGAAGAGUAGUACUACUGUUUCAUCAGUUCUUGGCCUACAGAGCUUCUCCCAUGCAAUUGGAGCUUUCUUGGAAGCAUAUACUCCAUCAGUCCAUAAGAAUGUCCUACAUAAUUUUUCAAUACACUUGAUGUCCUUCUUUGGGAUGAUGAACACCUGAGACCAGAAGUGUAUAGAAAACAACAUACUCUUGAUUAAUUGAGCCCUUCCUGCUUAUGAUAGGAAUCUGGUGGUCCAGAUAUGUAUUCUUGCCAUUAUCUUCUCAAUCAAUGGUUGAUACUGCACAAUAGCCAUCUUCUUAGUAUGAAGAGGGACUCCCAAGUAUCUGAAUGCUAGCUAUCCUUGUGAAAAUCCUAGCUCUUGUACAGUUUCAGCUUGGAUAUCAUGUGGCAGCCCUUCAAAAUAUAUAGAGCUCUUAUCAUUAUUAGCAACUAGACCUGAGGCUAAAGAAAAUUCCUGAAAAAUCUCAUACAACAUCUUGACAGAUCCAGUAUCUCCCCACUAAAGAGCAAUAGAACCACAUACUUGUAAUCACACAAGUGGAGUAUGGGGAGGGUAGAGUGUAGGCAGACUUUAAUAGAGGUAGGGAAACUGUUUCCGAUCUAUCCUUGGCUUAAGGAAAGAAAACAAAUUCAAAGCAUGUGAGAAAAAGAAUUAACAAGAGUGAAGGAGUCAUGGGAGAAUACAAUAGAAGAAACAUAACUACAAUACAAUAAUAAGAUAAUCCAAGAGCAAGAAAAAUAAUUGUAACGAAUACCAGUGUUAUCAAAGCAAAAAGUGUAAAAAAGCUCCAAGCUCCAUGGGGGCUUUAAGUGCAAAGCGCAAAUUAAGCGUGGGCUUUAAUGAAAAAAGGCGCAAAGGAAGAAAAGAUACAGUUAUAUAUGUUCAGUUAUAACUAAUAAUUAUAAGAAUGAAUGUCAAAUAUAUGAUCAAAGAAAUUGAAAAAAAUACGUUAAAGUUAAAUAUCAAUUGUUUAGUGUCGCCUCUAGAAGGGGCUCAUUGGAAAUGUAAAGUAUGUCUCAGAAACUUGAUGACAACACUGAAGCUUCACAUUAAGCAAGGCGAAGCACUCAACAUGUUUUGCUUCAGGGCUUAAGCGUGCCUUUGAUAACACUAAUGAAUACUGAUUUAUAUAGUUGUCUUUGAUUAAUUUGGUAUUGAGGUGUAGUUGAUUGAUAGAGUACAUUAUAGAUGGACAUUGUCUACUGAAAAAUAAAGCCAAUCGUUAAUAGAUUUGUGAAAUAUGAGAGUUGGGUGUAUUUUUUUUUGAAAAAGGUAACUUGUAUUAUAAACAAAGGAAUACACAAGAAGCAUUCCGGUAAAACUUACAACCAAAAUUCCAGAAGAUCCUUCUAAAGGAUCUCAUAAGUAAUCUGAAAUGCUAGGAAUGUCCUCUUUAUCUUGAAGAUAUUCAUGUUUACACCAAAAGAAGAAAAGGACCAGACAAUUCAUUUUCAGUUUCUGCAUAGUGCAACUCUUGUUUUCAAAGAUUAUCUGGUUCCUCUCUAUCCAUAUAGUCCACCAAAUGUAGGCUGGGACAAUUUUCCAUCUCUCCCUGUGUCCUGACUGAUUUCCAUCUCUAUUCCAGCAAGCUAGCGCUUCUCUGAUACUCCUUGGCAUUGUCCAGCUUAUGCCUCUUAUAUUAAUGAAAAUCUGCCAUAACUUAGCAGUCUCCCUACAAUGUAGAAAAAGAUGGUUUAUUGUCUCCAACUCACAUUCACAUAGAGAACGCCUAGAACAUACAUGGAAACCUCUUUUCAUAAGGUUGUCUUGAGUUGGUGCAGCUUGUUUGGCUAGAAGCCAAGUGAAGCAUGCUACCUUUAAAGGCACCUUGACUUUCCAAAUCAUCUUCCAAGGCCAACCAUCAACAUGUGGACCUGCUCUCUGUAAUUUCCUGUAAGACGAGCCAACCGUAAACCUUCCUUGCUUGUCUGGUAACCAAAACAGAUUAUCCUCACUUGAGUUUAGAUCUUCUUGCUGCUCCAGAAUGUUGAAUAAUUCCGUUACUCUAUUGACCUCCCAAUCAUUAAGAUUUCUCCUGAACCUGAGAUCCCAUCCCUGACUGUUUCUCAUUUCUCUGAUUGUGGACCUUUUUUGUAAACUCAGAUUGAAUAAAUCAAGGAACUUGAUUUUCAAAGUCUCCUGUCCCACCCAAACAUCUUCCCAGAACCGAGUUCUCCUUCCAUUUCCCACCUUUAUUUUGCAGUUGUUGGCAAAGUUGGUCCACUGAUUCCUUAUAGAUUUCCAUACCCUAGUGCCACAAGGUUGUGUAGCCCUAUUUGUGGUCCAUAAGUUCAUUCCAAACCUGGUUUUUAUUGGCUCCUUCUAGAGUGCUUGUUCCUGUGAGGCAAAUCUCCAUAGCCAUUUCAUAAGCAGGCUUUGGUUCUGCUAUUUCAGAUUUCUUAUACCCAAACCCCCUUCCUUUUUGCGGAGCAUAACUUGAUCCCACUUUACUAAAUGGAUUUAUGAUUAUUUGGGUCACAAUUCCCUUGCCACAAAAAGUUCCUCCUAAUAGCAUCCAUCCUGUCAAUCACAUUUGUUGGCAUGGGGAAAAUCGAUAUCAUAUAUGCUGGUAAAGCGUCCAACACACUAUUGAUGAGUGCGACUCUUCCACCCAAAGAUAAAUGUUGACUUCUCCAAUUCACUAACUUCUUCUCACACUUCUCUAGAACAUUGUUCCAAAUUCCUUUUGACUUGCUCUUGUCCCCCAAAGGCAUGCCAAGGUAAACCGUGGGAAGCUCCCUUAUCUGCCCUCUUAGUAUAUUUGCUAACAAACUUAUCCUGGGCACCUCAUUAACUGGGUAAAUGAAACUCUUCCCCAAUUAAUUUGGAGGCCUUAUAUGGCUUAAAAAAGAAUCAAUAUAACCCUUAAGUACUUUAAUUGGGAAUUCUCAGCAUCACAAAAAAUUAAGGUGUCAUCCGCAUAUUGAAGGUGUGAUAUGGCCAGACCUUAUCUAUCAUUCAUAUUGGGAUUGAAACCUCUUAUCCAACCUUUUGUUUGAGCUGUCCUGAGCAUGUCAUUUAGACCCUCCAUGGCCAGUAUAAAGAGAAAGGGGGAUAAGGGAUCUCCUUGUCUCAAUUCUCUCUCAGACGAGAAAAAACCAGACGGGGAACCAUUUAUCAAUAUAGAGAAUUUCACGGAUGUAAUGCGGAACUUCAUCCACUCGACCCAUUUCUCACCAAAUCCCAUGCUUUCCAGAGUGUUCCAGAGAAAUCCCCAGUGAAGAUGGUCAUAAGCUUUUUCAAUAUCCAGCUUGCGUGUAUUCAGUGAGCCCAUUAUUGUUGUCAGUCAAAUCUCAGAAUGUGCUGAGAUGAACACGACUUGUGUAAGGGAUAUAUAAUUGUAGGGCUAUGACAAGCUUAUGGAAUCACUAGAUAAGAUUACAUACAGUAAUAUUCUCUUAUGAAUGUGUUUUUCUAACUUCCGCAUUUACAAAACCUGAAUAAGCCCACUAAAAGGGAGAUCAGGUUCUAAAGCCCAUUCAUUUGACAAGUUGAGUAUGACUCUUUUUGUGAUCGACGUAUUUCAAUAGUUGUGCAAAUCUUUGGCUGAAUAUUUUCUUGUCGAUAUGAUGACUUCCAAGACUAUAUUACCAAAAACAGAGUCAAAAUAAGUGCAUCUUGUGAUAGCACUGAUCCAAGGAGCUUCAUCUGGAUGUGGUUAUGAGUAUUUCAAGUUGUAUUUUGCUUGGUAAACAGUAACCAGAUUUCUCCCUAAGCUUAUAUCCUGUUGAUAUACUACAAUUAUUAUUAUUAUUUUUUAAACUGGUAACUUUAUUAUACUAAAAUUAUUGCUGGCAACAGAAGAAGUGUCAUUCUCCAUUGGUAUCUCUAUUGUCCCAUAUCGGUAAAGUGUAUAAGGGAUAGAAUGGCUUUAAUGAUUAAUCCCAGCAAGUGAUAAUUAAGUCAUGCAGAAGGGUUCAAAUUCUUUCAUCUUGCGCAUUCAGAUGUCUGUUCUGAACAUCAGUUUUCAGGAUCUACUUAUCCAUCUUCUUCUUUCAUGGAGAUUUAAGCAGAAAAUAUAUGCAGAAAAUUCCAACAAGUAUUUCUGAUAUGCAAUCAGUCCUGUCCUAGAAUAAGUGUCUGUUGAAACAACUUAGAUGAUGAAACAGUAAUAACUUCUCUCGAAAGAAAUGUUUAUUCUUUUGCAGCAUGCUUGCGGUUCAGAUCGGCAAUGAUACCAGCUGACAGUUUUUAUGCCACUUGUGUUAUUGAAGCAUUUGUGCAUAUUAGGAUUGAUUAAAAAUGCUUCAUUAGUAUCCUUGACAUCAAGCAUUAAACCAUUGAUGUUUGAUUGAAUGAUUUUCUGGUAUAAAAGCCAACAUUUGUGUGCAGGAAAUAGUUGAUUUUGUGAGGGGUGAAUGUAACUUAAGCUUAAUUUAUUUUUUCAACGUACUAAUUGGUGUCAGGUACUUUGGAAACUUAUUCAUUCUUUGGUUCAAAAAAUUGCAAAAGUUGUACUUAAAAUGAUUCUCAGCUCUGAUUUAGGCAUUGCCAUCCACUUAUUAGCUGUCCAUACGUAAACUGGUUUUACAAUGAGAGAGAUGAGAUACCCGGGGCGCUCGGAAGGUGUUCUUUUUCAACUUGGUUGGCAGCUGGGAGAAAUUUUGACAGCUGAAACUUACUGAAGAGGAGUAUUACAUAUACCAGUUGGUGUUUUAUGUGUAAAAACUCAGGUGCGAACGACCUCCUUUUACGUUGUCAUGUAGUUUCUCAUUUGUUCUUUUGAUGGAACACCUUUAGAUGGUUCAGACUUCAACGGGUGAUGCAUGCACCGUGAGGGAAGCCUGGUCAAUUGAACAGUUCAAAGAAUGAGGAGAAAACAGAAGGUGUGGGAUAUUGCCCCACUAGCACUACUUUAGAUUGUAUGAAGAGAGAAAUAAGGUAGCUUUUGAAGGAACAGAAAAUGAUUUUGUGCAUUUGAAGAACAACCUCUAGGCAGAUUAUUUUUGUGGCGCACCUUGAGAUUCCGAUAUGUAUGGAAGGUUGGGUGUCUAUUAUCACUUUGUAGGUUCUGUACUUCUUAGAGUUCUCAUACCAUCAUUAAUGAAAUUAUUUUACCUUAUCAAAAAUAAAAAUAAAAACAUUGCUAAAGGAAUUCUGUCCUUAACUACUAAAAACUUUCUCUAUGUUGAUGCAAAUGAGUCCCUAUGUGGCACAAGCAGGGCACAACUAGAUUGUGGAGCAAUCUGUUUGGAUUUGAUUUCUUGUCUCUCUUCUUAAUUCUUAUGGGCUAAUAGUGAUACUAAUAUUGUUUUACUGGUCACACUAAUGUCAACUUCUUUGGAUUAUUGCUUGGUUUGGUGGAUUCUUCCUAGGGGUGGUCUCAAGGAUAUGGUUGGGUAUUUAAGAUUUGACUCAAGGGUGCAAGUGGUCCUAACGGAAUUAUUGUCUUGCUGUUGUCUCUAUGUUGGGAACUAAGUUGCGAACUCUUCACUUUUGAUGCCGCACCCAUGUAGGAUUCUUCAAAAAUACACUAGUUUUGGCGAAUCUGGCACACACCUGUUGUUGGAAAUUGCUUUAAGUUACUGCACUAGUUUUUAGCAAAAUAAAUUAUUUAGAUUAAGAUGAAUUUGAAUUUUAAAUAUUUGUUAAUUUGCUUAGUUGUUGAGAUAAUUUAGGUUGUUUUAAAUUUUAAAUUAUGCAGUUUUUUAUGUUUUGUUGGCUAUUUAAAGCCACUUAAUGCUUAAUAAAAUUAUUGAAAAGCCAUUGAAAGCUUAGUGAAAGCUUGAAAGUCAUUUCAAUUCAAAGAGAGUUAUUUUAACCCCUUUUCGCUGCCCCAAUUUUUUUUUAAAAAACCCAACAGUGGUAUCAAGAGCCUCAUUGAUCUUACGGGAUCUGUGUGUUCUUCCAAAGCGCUACCAUACCAUUUUUAACCCGCAAGGGCUAUCUUUUUAACCCGUAAGGGCUACCUUUUUAACCCGUAAGGGCUCCUUUUUCAACCCGUUCUUAUUUUCAAAGCAUAGGGCUAUUUUAAGCCAAAAAGAUGUCAAGCAGCAGUCUCUCUUUGAAUGUCCCAAAAAUUUUCACAGACAAAAAUGAUCAAAUUUGUUCUAUGAAGAAAUCAUAUCUUGAAACCUAUGCUUUAUGUGAUGUUUUGAUGAAUGAAAAAUCCUUACAAUAUUUUGCAAAGUUUAAACAACACAAGAUUGUUGAUGGUUUUUCAGCAAAGAAUCAAAAGAAGAAAAAGAAAAAAGAGAAAGAUGAACAUCAAAAAGAUGUGCAAGUUCAAAAAAAAUUGAAAAAUUCAGCAUCCACUGCAAGAGCAAAAAUUGAGGAGGAGCAGUUUUAAAUCACAGUAACUAAAGCAAAGGAAGAGUGUUGGAAAUUGCUUUAAGUUAUUGCACUAGUUUUUAGCAAAAUAAGUUAUUUAGAUUAAGAUGAAUUUGAAUUUUAAAUAUUUGUUAAUUUGUUUAGUUGUUGAGAUAAUUUAGGAUGUUUUAAAUUUUAAAUAAUGUAGUUUUUUAUGUUUUGUUGGCUAUUUAAAGCCACUUAAUGCUUAAUAAAAUUAUUGAAAAACCAUUGAAAGCGUAUUGAAAGCUUGAAAGUCAUUUCAAUCCAAAGAGAGUUAUUUUAACCCCUUUUCGCUGCUUCAUCUUUUUUUUUUUAAAAAACCAACACCUGUUGACAUUAUUGAAGAGUCCAAGCAACAUAGGUUGGGGAAGAUGCAGAGCAUGUUCCUCCGUCCUCUGUAUUAUAGGUAUUAAAUAUUUUUGUCUUCGUGCCUUGAAGAUUUCUUCAAAUUGCCAUUCUUAUGUAAGUUCUCAAAAUUAAGUGCAGUCUCUUUUUUAGAAAUGUGGAAAGUGUGCUUCCGUGUCAUUCUGGAUGCUUAUGUUCUGUGAUUUAACUGAUGGGACCUCUUGGUUCUGGAAACUUGAUAAAUAUUUGAUUAUGCAUCGUUGAUAGCUACCAAAUACUCCUCUACAUUUGGUAAUAUCUCUAUUUUUCUGCUGUGCUUCUGUUUUCUUUUGUUUAACACGCCUUCUUGAUUUUGUUUGUUGACCAUAAUAGAAAAUUAGAUUAAGGUUGGCGUCCAGUUAUGCGCUGCUGAGUCUGUUGUUUCUUGGUCUUUUGGUGCUGAUACUGUGAUGUGGAUCUUCAGCUUUGAGGAAAAGGGAUUUUUUUUUUUUGGCAUCUUUAGUGAUUUCCUGUGUAUGGUAUGGGAUUUUCAAACUUCGCACUUGACUGGGCCAUUGGUUGGUAGUUAUUUCAGGUAGGCAGAUAUUUUUAACCUUCAAUUAAAUUAGUUUUUAACACAACUUUACCUUCAGUAUCAAACUCCUGCCUCACCAUAGUUGAUUUAAAUUCUUACAGCUUACUGGAAGUCAUUGUCUUUCGUAUUUCAUUAGGAUACAGAAAAUUGCUUGGACGGCUGGAAAAUAUUUUUGUAUUCAUUAGGAUAUUUUUUAAGAUUUUUGCAACUUGUUUGAGCAAGUAUGAUGUGCCAAACUGCCAAUUACAUAGAUGAUAACCAUGCCUUUUUGUAAAGUCAUGUAUUGAUUAGGCUAAACUCUCUAGAUGCUCAAAUUUGUGUUCGUGUAUAUGGGAGUAUUGUUUGCAUAAAUAAUUAUUAGCUUACUCAAAUAAACAGAACUUGACAAUGGAGUAACUGAACUAUUGUAGGUGAUCAGUGCAGAUUUUGACAUUGAAUUGUGUUGGAACAUUUCUCUGUUGUUUUCAAAUGGAAAAUUGUGAUGGGGUUAUUGUUUAGAGAAUAAGCUAGAGUCUUGAUGUGAAACAAAUAAAUUCUGCUUGUAUGUUAUAAAAAUAAAAAUUAAAAAGGAACAAAUAUGAUUCUAUUAUGAUGAUAAUAGUUAAGCAGUGUCUUUUCUUUUUUCCACUUUCUGCUUCUUAGUCCACAGUUAGAUACAAGUCAGAUGAACUUUGCGAAGUUGGAGUACAAUUUGAGGGUGAAUUACUACUGCAGGAGAGGUAGUCUACCUCUUUGCCAUGUAUACGCCAAUGGUCAAUUUUUCCCAAUUGAUCUGGUGCUGAACUUGGGAGAGUCUGUGAACGAAGAAUAUGCAGAACACUCUCUACUUUCCCCAGAAGUAAGACGGCAGAGCGGACGCCUUCUGCUCUCUCUUCAAUUGUGCCAUGGUGGCACUGCAUGGAUAUAACUCUAUCAAGGUUGGUGAGACAAGCACCUGUUAUAUCCGCAAUCAUGGUUGACAAUCGGUCAAACAUGGUUUUGCCGUUCUCAAACACUUUGCUAUCAGAACUUUGCAGAAGAGUUUGACAUACUCUAUACAUACAGUUUGCUGCCAACAUAUUGGUAGGCCAUUUUGAAGGUGAUUCUUUUAAACAAAAGUUCGGAUCUUUCUUUUUGAAUUCGACGAAUCUCUGUUUUGCUUUCUCAGAGAGUCCUUCAAGCACGCCUUUUGGAUUUUGUUCUUCAGUGGCAAUUUUGCGCAGGUCAACGUCCAGCCACUUGUAGCAUAAAUCAACUUCUACCCACACUAAUUCUGCUGCCUUCCUGAUGUAUACUAGGUCUUUUCUAUCAUCCAGGUGCUCUUCAACAACUUUCAUGUACAUGAGACCUUCAUACACACUCCUUAGCAGUUCCUUGAUUGAGUGGACAUCAAUGUCUGGAAGUGCCAUUGCAAUGCUUGUCAGUGUCACUAUAGGAAGAGCCCAGCAAUUAGGAGGUUCUUCCGAGUCUAAAGAAGGAAUUUUAGCAUGGUCAAAUUCGUGCACUCCCCUGAAUCCAGAUGAUGACUUCACUUUCUCCAGAAGUUGUAGAAGAUGUUUAGGCUGCUCCUUUUUCCCCAUCCCUAUCCAGUGGCCUACCACAUCACAGUUGCUUUGCAGCAUCAAAUCAAUUAAUACUUCCUCUCCUUCGAGGUGUAAAACGUAGCGGCUAAGAUCUGGCCUCAGACUAGCUUGUGACUCUAUAUCAUGACUCGACACUAUACUGUUGCAUUUCAGCAUCCUGAUUGCUUUCUGAGAGCUUAUCAGUAACCAACUUACAGAGAAAGUGGAAAUGACCCGAACUAUCUUACUGAGUGACACCAUCAGAAUUUGCAUCCAAAUGCAGAAAUCUAGAAUUUUGUUCUUUGCUUUAUGAGCGAAUUUUCUUCCACGCCGGCCACAAACUCUGAAAUCCAACGGGCAUUCUUUCCACUUAAGCAGUAUAUGGAUCCAGUAGUUCUCCACUUUGAACAACGUGAGUUUGCAGGCAUUAUUUGCUUUUUUGGGGCAGUGGAAAUUUAUGGCUAUGAACCAUCUAAAAGCUGGUGCAAUAGUUCCUACUCCUAUUGCCACUGUGUGAGUUACAAUAAUCAAGGUUGUGGACCACUUGUAUUCAGAGUCUCCACUACAGAAGCUGAAGCUCGAAUGGAGAAAGUAAGACCUAAGCAUGGCUUCAGCAUAAAUUACUGUGCUCAGAAGGCAGAAACCUCCAGAUGCAGUGCAUGUUGCUAAGCGCCCUGCCACAAAGUGGGGGCUACAGGUCCAAAUAACACUUCGUAGUUGGUAUUGUUAAGGCUGAGGAGAUCAGUAGCAGAAGUAAAAUAAGCAUAAGAAACAUGAGGGCAAUAUGCUCUUUCCAGAAAACAUAGAUAACACCAGUAGCUAAUUGUAUGCCAAUGUUCACAAUGGCCGUGAUGACGAAAAUUCCCAAAGCCAUUAUGUUCAUCAACAGCUCUUUGUUCUCCAUGAGACCUAAAGAAGGCAUAAAAUUUGCAAUUACCGUACAAAUUAGAGCACCGCUGCUUAGUUUCGUCAGCUGGUCUUGUCGGCGAGGCAUGGAGGUAUUUAGAUCAACAGACAACUUGGUGGCAACAGCUAGGAGCGUCAAGGUUGUAGCAUUGAGAGAGAAGAAGUAGCAAGGAAACCAUAAUUUUCUACGGCGCAAGCCAUUAAAGACAUCGAUUGCCAUGGCCAGUGCACAAGCUGCUGAUGCUGCUGCAACAUAGAUACCGAUCCAUGGCAUCGGCUCGCUGAAUUUCGAGUCAUCUAGGUUGCCAUCUAUGGUGCAACCAAUUUUUCCCAUCUUGUUUAAAAGCUGAAAUCUUGUCUGUGGUGAAAUAUCUUUAGGGUGUUUCUACUCUGGGUGUUAUGCUGUUUCUGAUGCAACUAUAUCUGUUUGUUA